ACGCAAACACCACGCAAACACCACGCAAACACCACGCAAACAUCAUGUCUCCCAUUAAUACCGCCCUCAACACUGUCCGCAACACCGUCCGUGCGCGUGCCGCCGCCUCCGCAAGGACAAGUGUCGCCACCGUUGCGACGAAAGCCACCGUUGCCGCCCCCGCUGUCGACGUCUCAGCAUACCUUAAGCAAAACUUCCAGGAGCCCAAUUAUGCUGCUUGGGGAGCUGCCGUAUCAUUACCGAGCACACCCAUCGAGCCUGGCAGGAAUAUCUUCGGACAACUUAACCCCCUCGUCGAUGUGCAAGAAUACAUGAGAAUCAACGGCAUCUUAGACAGCAUUGAUCCCGGCAUCGCAGAUCCCAACCUCGACGGUCCCAGAGUCCGCAGCAACGAUGAUCCUGCUGACGACGAUCAGGAUGAUUCCGAACUGCAAGCCGCCCCAAAGCAGCCCCCGACAUCGACCGAUCCUCCGAAGACGCAGGUCUCGAGAAUGUCGACUUACGGCGCGUAUGAUCAUAUGGCUUUGGAGGGCGACGAAGAGACGUCAACCCCCUCGGGGUACCAUCUUCCAUGGGUUACUCGGCGUAAUGAUGCCGGGAUGCUCGGCAAGGCGUGGUGUGAUAUGGAACAGUCUUCUGCUAGCCUAAGCCUAUUGAAGUUCCGCUAUCAAUACUGGGGAAAGGCGUUCAUGCUGGCGAAUGCGAGCAAGCAAGUCCGGAAGAUCAUCAUUAAAGUUGGCAGCAUCAUCAGCCAUAAAGCUUUUACCGACCCCGCGGUUCUACCACGCUUCUUUCGAGUGCAACGCAUAGCUACAGUGAAGCUCGACUCGGCGCGUCACUGCGUGCUUCUCGUACUUCCGCUCCAGCGAAAGCCGGAUCUUGAGAGCUCCAGGGCUCGGUACCAAGUCUUUGCGCUUGCAGCGGAGGAUCAAGCCUCUAUCCAAGCUCUUCCUUUGCAGGGUGUCCAUCUGGAAGACCUUAAAUUUGUUCGCCGCGACGCUGUUUGGAGGUGGAAGCCAUAGCUGAAACCGACGUCUUGGUCGAAGGUUUCUAUCCCUGGCUGCGGACUUGGGAUGGACCUACUGUCAAAAUGUCAAGACCUAGAUGAGAUCAGCUGCGAUGAACAGUGUUACCAUGCGCGAAGUGUUUUGAUUUGGUUUGUGAGCAGGCACGGUCGACGUGCGAGCGCUGAAAGCUAGACCCACCGAAUCUGGUAUAGCUAGGUCGGCUAAAGUUCGCCAAACUCGUGUAUGUCUCGUUAGCUGUUCUGUCUGUCUGUUUGUCUUGUCAUCUGAUCUGUCAUCGUGCUUAUUGGAACUUGGUCGCGGUCAUCGUACUCAUCGUGCUUUUUCGUUGUUUGUCCUGACUCCUGACCUCGACUCGCGAGGUUCUGGGAUUUUUUGAAUAUCAUAGGAG